GGUUUGUUUUCCCCGCCUCCUGCGUGGCUAGAGUUUUUGGGGCUUGGCGGUGGCCGUGGUGGGGUAGCGAGGCAGGGCGUGGUGAGGUAAGGUGAGUCCCCAAGCGGGGUUCCCCGCAGUCAUGGCCUGCUCCAUUGUCCAGUUCUGCUACUUCCAGGACCUCCAGGCCGCCCGGGACUUCCUCUUUCCUCACCUGCGGGAGGAGACCCCCACCGGCGCCUUACGGAGGGAUCCUAGUAAAUCAACAAACUGGGAAGAUGAUGGUUGGGGAGCCUGGGAAGAAACAGAACCCCAAGAACCUGAAGAAGAAGGAAAUAUUUGCAAAACACAAAAAACUUCCUGGCUUCAAGAUUGUGUUUUAUCUUUAUCUCCCACCAACGAUCUUAUGGUUAUAGCCCGGGAGCAAAAGGCCGUGUUUCUAGUGCCAAAAUGGAAAUAUAGUGAUAAAGGAAAGGAAGAAAUGCAAUUUGCUGUUGGUUGGAGUGGUUCUUUAAAUGUCGAAGAAGGGGAACGUGUAACUAGUGCUCUUUGUAUCCCUCUAGCAAGCCAAAAGAGGAGUUCCACUGGGCGUCCUGACUGGACCUGCAUUGUGGUGGGUUUUACUUCGGGUUAUGUACGCUUCUACACUGAGAAUGGUGUACUCUUGCUUGCACAGCUGUUGAAUGAAGAUCCAGUGCUUCAGCUUAAAUGCAGAACCUAUGAAAUCCCCCGACAUCCUGGUGUAACUGAGCAGAAUGAAGAGUUGAGUAUCUUAUAUCCAGCUGCCAUUGUGACUAUUGAUGGAUUUAGCCUCUUUCAGUCUCUUCGUGCUUGUCGAAACCAAGUAGCAAAAGCUGCAGCAUCAGGCAAUGAGAACAUACAACCACCACCAUUAGCUUAUAAGAAGUGGGGUCUGCAAGACAUUGACACUAUUAUUGAUCAUGCUAGUAUUGGUAUUAUGACUCUGUCCCCUUUUGAUCAAAUGAAGACUGCUUCCAAUAUAGGUGGAUUUAAUGCGACAAUUAAAAACAGUCCACCUGCCAUGUCUCAGUAUAUCACUGUAGGGUCCAAUCCAUUUACUGGCUUCUUCUAUGCUCUAGAGGGAAGCACACAACCAUUAUUAUCCCAUGUUGCACUAGCAGUUGCAAGUAAACUCACUUCUGCUUUAUUUAAUGCUGCCAGUGGUUGGCUUGGUUGGAAAAGUAAGCAUGAAGAAGAAGCUGUCCAAAAGCAGAAGCCAAAGGUGGAGCCAGCUACCCCUUUAGCUGUAAGAUUUGGACUUCCAGAUUCUAGACGCCACGGUGAAAGUAUAUGUCUGUCUCCAUGUAACACACUGGCAGCAGUAACAGAUGAUUUUGGCAGAGUUAUUUUAUUAGAUGUAGCAAGAGGAAUUGCAAUACGCAUGUGGAAAGGGUACCGAGAUGCACAAAUUGGAUGGAUUCAAAUUGUAGAGGAUCUCCAUGAAAGAGUCCCAGAAAAGGUGGACUUUUCCCCCUUUGGAAAUAAUCAGGGUCCCAGUAGAGUAGCUCAGUUCCUUGUCAUCUAUGCACCAAGAAGGGGAAUUUUAGAAGUGUGGAGCACACAGCAGGGACCUAGAGUAGGAGCUUUCAACGUGGGAAAGCACUGCAGGCUGCUGUAUCCUGGCUACAAAAUAAUGGGUUUAAAUAACGUUACCAGUCAAAGUUGGCAGCCGCAGACUUACCAAAUCUGUCUCGUUGACCCUGUGUCUGGAAGUGUGAAAACGGUGAAUGUUCCUUUCCAUUUGGCACUGAGUGAUAAGAAGAGUGAACGAGCCAAGGACAUGCACUUAGUAAAGAAACUAGCAGCCUUAUUGAAAACAAAAUCUCCCAAUCUUGAUUUGGUUGAAACAGAAAUAAAGGAGUUAAUUCUUGAUAUUAAGUACCCUGCAACCAAAAAACAAGCCUUGGAAGGCAUUUUGGCAAGUGAACGUUUACCAUUUUCCUGCCUUAGAAACAUCACUCAGACUUUAAUGGACACAUUAAAAAAUCAAGAACUUGAGUCUGUUGAUGAAGGGUUGCUACAAUUUUGUGCCAGUAAACUGAAAUUACUACAUCUUUAUGAGUCUGUCAGUCAGUUGAAUUCCGUUGAUUUUCAUUCAGAUACACCAGUCUCUGAUAAUGAUUUAGCUAUAUUACUAAGGCUUGAUGAAAAAGAACUACUUAAGCUCCAGGCAUUAUUAGAGAAAUAUAAACAAGAGAACACCAGAACUACUGUCCGGUUUUCUGACGAUAAGGAUGGUGUGUUGCCUAUAAAGACGUUUCUGGAAUAUUUAGAAUAUGAAAAAGAUGUGCUCAACAUAAAGAAGAUAAGUGAAGAAGAAUAUGUGGCUUUAGGUAGUUUCUUUUUUUGGAAGUGUUUGCAUGGAGAAAGCUCCACUGAGGAUAUGUGUCACACUUUGGAGUCUGCUGGACUUAGCCCUCAGCUGUUGUUGUCUUUGCUCCUGAGUGUUUGGCUUUCUAAGGAAAAAGAUAUUUUGGAUAAACCACAGUCUGUCUGCUGUCUUCACACGAUGCUGUCCCUCCUGAGCAAGAUGAAAGUGGCAAUUGAUGAGACCUGGGAUUCUCAGUCUGUGUCCCCUUGGUGGCAGCAGAUGCGCAUGGCCUGUAUUCAGGCUGAGAACAAUGGAGCUGCUCUAUUAUCUGCACAUGUUGGGCAUUCUGUUGCUGCACAGUUAUCAAACAAUAUGACAGAGAAAAAAUUUUCUCAAACAGUUUUGGGUACUGAUUCAGAAGCCCUGACUGAUUCCUGGGAGGCUCUUUCUCUUGACACUGAAUACUGGAAACUCCUGCUGAAACAACUGGAGGAUUGUCUCAUACUCCAGACUCUGCUUCACAGCAAAGGGAGCAGCACUCGAAACUCCAAAGUGUCAUCAUUGCAAGCUGAGCCACUUCCAAAGCUUUCUGUUAAAAAAUUGUUAGAAGGAGGAAAAGGUGGCAUUGCAGACAGUGUGGCCAAGUGGAUAUUUAAACAAGACUUUAGCCCUGAAGUAUUGAAACUGGCUAAUAAAGAAAGAGAUGUAGAAAAUCCAGAUGAACCCAAAGAAGGUAUUAACAGAGGUUUCUUUGAGGUGUCAGAGGUGGAGACGGACUUAGGAGCCAUACCAGACUUGCUACGUUUAGCCUACGAGCAAUUUCCUUGUAGCCUUGAGCUUGAUGUGCUACAUGCCCACUGCUGCUGGGAGUAUGUUGUUCAGUGGAAUAAAGAUCCAGAGGAAGCACGUUUUUUCGUAAGGUCGAUAGAACACUUGAAGCACAUUCUUAAUGCACAUGUUCAAAAUGGCAUUGCGUUGAUGAUGUGGAAUACAUUCUUGGUUAAAAGGUUUUCUGCUGCUACAUACUUGAUGGAUAAGGUUGGCAAAUCACCAAAGGAUAGGUUAUGCCGAAGGGAUGUGGGGAUGAGCGACACAGCAAUGACAUCAUUCCUGGGCUCCUGCUUGGAUCUUCUUCAGACUUUAAUGGAGGCAGACAUUAGCAGGGAUGAAAUACAAGUGCCUGUCCUGGAUACUGAAGAUGCUUGGCUCUCUGUAGAAGGACCUAUCUCGAUAGUGGAGCUGGCCCUUGAACAGAAGCACAUCCACUACCCACUAGUGGAGCAUCAUUCCAUCCUGUGCUCCAUCUUGUAUGCAGUCAUGAGGUUUUCUCUGAAGACGGUGAAGCCACUUUCACUUUUUGAUAGUAAGGGAAAAAAUGCAUUUUUCAAAGACUUAACUUCAAUUCAGUUAUUACCCAGUGGGGAAAUGGAUCCAAAUUUUAUUUCUAUACGACAACAGUUCUUACUGAAAGUUGUCAGUGCAGCUGUCCAGUCCCAGCAUUCAGUGACAAAGGAGAGAGAUCCCUCAGAAGAGGCAGCAGCCAUUCCUGGGAAGGAUCAAGAUUGGCCAGUUCUAGCCGUGGAUCUAGCCCAUCACCUUCAAGUUAGUGAAGAUGUUGUUAGGAGGCAUUAUGUAGGGGAGCUCUACAACUAUGGAGUUGACCACUUAGCAGAAGAGGCCAUUCUACAGGUUCAUGAUAAAGAGGUCCUCGCCUCUCAGCUGCUAGUGUUGACAGGGCAAAGGCUGGCUUAUGCUCUUCUCCACACCCAGACAAAAGAAGGGAUGGAGCUGCUGGCCAGAUUGCCGCCCACACUCUGCACUUGGCUGAAGGCAAUGAACCCCCAGGAUCUUCAAAACACUGAAGUGCCAAUUGCAACAACAGCUAAACUAGUAAAUAAAGUAAUUGAGCUUUUACCAGAAAAACACGGGCAGUAUAGUCUAGCCUUACACCUCAUUGAAGCUGUGGAAGCCAUAUCCAUUCCUUCUUUGUGACACUUAUCUACUGAAAAUAGUCUAAAAUUGUGUGACUAUAACAUGAAUUACUGCAUGGUUAUUUUACAUAGUAAGAUCUGAAAUUUUAUGGAAUAUGUGGGGGGUUUUUUGGUAAAUUAAAUAAAAAUAUAUAUUACUUUUAAAAAGUGCAAUCCUGGUUAAAUCCCACUUCUUUGGUUAAUACUGAAGAUAAAAUACAAAUAUUAUAGUAAUACAGAUGUUUUACUGUUUAUUUUUAAUUCAAAUGCAUAAGUAGCUUUAUUGUUAAACUUUGCUAUUUAAAAUUGGUUUUAAUUUACAGGUUAUGUUCUUAUUAUUAAUAAGAUUCUAUAUUUCAUACCUAAAAAGUUAUUGUGAUUAAAUGUGUUCAUGUAUACUCCCCAUCAGCAAACUUAGAGAAAGCUCCCACUUUCCCUUAUGAAAUGUUUAGGAAAUAUGUUCCUUAUCAUGCUUAAUCCCAUAGUAGCUGCACCUGGGAGUUCUGGGUGCUGACAGGUUCCUUUCCCAAAGGUGCUGCUGAUACCAUCAGAGGAGGAAGAAUGGAUGGGUUCAGGAUCAUCAGUAGGGACCCUCGAUAGAACCCUUAACCUGUUGUAAUUGCCAAAAUUGAUAAUCUGACAUGCUAACAAUGCAACAAAAUCAGUUACAAUGUAAAUUAAGAUUUGCUUUUUGCCAAGUUGCAAAGUUGUGUCCACAUCAGGUAAUUGUAAAAAAUGUAUUAUCUUGUAAAACAUAUAUAUAUAUAUAAAGAGGGGAAGAUACUAAAAAUUUUAAGUCCAACUUUAUUUUUCCUACAAGUGUUUAGAAAUAUCUGCUUCUGGGAUUUGGUAAUGUUAUCUGUCCUUGGGAACAUUACAGAAAAAAAAAUGCAUAGUGAUAUUACAGCUUUAGCAAACCUACCUCACAGAUGGGUUGAGAGGAUAAAAUACAAUGAAUUUUGUACCCUAUAGUGCCUAGAGCAGUCCAAGUGCUAAAUAUUUACUAAUUAAGACCAAACUAACCAAAAGUCUGUAAAAAGUGCUUUGAGCUCUACAGAUACCAAGAAUUUAUUAUGGUAUGUCUUUGGAAUGUAGCCUUAUAGUACAAUUGUUGAUAUCUGUCAUGCAUUACAGUUGUUAUUCAUAGUGACUCAUUGUGUACAGAAGUUUGUUUCUUCACUCCCUUGUAAGAAGCCAACUCUAGCAUUGUGCAAAGUUGAGAAGAAUGGCCUUCAGGGAUAUAAAGAAAAAAAGACCUGUUGUUUUGAGAAUAUUCUAGUGUGAAUUAUUUUUCACUAAGGAUCACAUCCAAAUAAGAACUUAACUAGAUUAAAAAUAAUGGUUUAAGUGACUAUCAAUUUUCAGAUCUUGAAAGAAAAGGGCUUUAAGAUGUGAUGUUUGGGGCGUGUCUUGUGAGCCGAGGUGCAUGUUGUACAGAGUAACAGCACUGGAGAGGGCCUGAAGCUAGUCCAGCCUCUCAGCCUCUGCUUGGAUCUCCACACCCCAGGUAGUCACAUUCUAGGAUUCCUAUGAAUACAUCUAGCUUUAUAUAAUCACCUGUAACAUGUAUUCUACAACAUUAGUUUUUCCUGAGAUUUUUUUUGAAAUACUUAGAAAGUAAUAUGAAUUUAGAAGUUUGGUUAAAGAAACUUGGAGUUAAAGGCAUUUUAAAAAUUGAAAUCCUCUCAAUUCCAUUAUCACUUUUUGGAGGGGUACUGAGGUUACAUAUCAAGUAUGAGACUUGCUGAGAAGCAGCAGCUGAAAUAUGGCUCACAGAACCUUAACACAAAUCACUGAGUUUCUAAUUAGAUUUAUCAUCUGAAAAUUUAAAAUUCGUAGAUUUUUCAAAUUUAGUUUUAUGGUUAAAAGCAGUUAAAUAUUUUACUACUUAAUUAAGGGCUUUUAAAAUAAAUCUGAUAAUAAAGAAAAAUAAGUACCUAUGUAUACAUUCUGUAACAACAAAAAGCCACAAAAAGAGGAAUGAGAUUUUAUGUAGAAUGGGUGAUUAACUAAAAACAAAGGUUUGGUGACCAUCACUGUAAUUACUGGUAAGCUAAUAACUGGUAGUGUCCUCCUAGAUAUACCCCUCCACUUUUCCUUAUUACAUACACAUUUUUUUACCUUGUUAAAUUAAUUCUAUUGUAUAUUGUUAAAGAGAACACAGGUGUUCAAAAAUCAUAACUUCUAUAUUACAGAUUGUGUUUUUAGAUGUAGAGCUAGAGAGGCCAGGAUAUAUGUAGAUAAAGGGGUUCAAAAUGUGUCAUACUUUUACAGAAAGAAAAGUUUCACCCUUGUUAUAAAAAUUCAUCUAAGGUCAAAGUAAACACUAACAUUUACAUUGCUUUUUUAAAAAAAUCAAUUACAACUUAAAAUAAUAGAAAACAUUCAAUAAUCCUAAGAUUACACUAAUAUAACAUUCACCUAGAAGUUCCUGUGGUCCAUUUCAUUUGUAAAAGAAGAUAUUUUGACAGUACACUAUAGCAACAGUAAAAGCCCCCUCUCACCGUAACAAGAAUGGGUUUGCUGGGCUCUUAAGACUUCUGCUCAAUAGAUUAGCCAUCCUUAGACUUUAAUCCAAUACUGGAUUGUUUAUAAAAUGCUCUUACUUAUCUAUUGUAAUGUAAGUAGUGAAAUUCUGUAUAUACUGCUGUUUUUCUGUAUUCAUUAUUGUGAACUUGUGUAUAUUAAUGAAAUAAAUCCUCCGCUUUCAA